UUAAGAAAAGUGGGCGGGCUGAAGACCUUUAACCAAUGAAUCCACUCUCCGGGUUAAAUAGCUUUCCGUGUCAAUCAUUUUCCCCCAGUCAGCCUCCCCUCAAUCCCAAGUACAUCUCUCAAUCGCCAUAUUGGGUACUGAAAAGGUUUGCCUGCAAUUUCUUUCCUCUCACUACGGAGCGGAGUGGACCGACUGGCUACGUUUUGCUGCACUGGGUAUUCAUGUUCAGUGAAGACAACCAUUGCUCGCUUUGCCAUUGCGGCGCUCACCGUUUUUGAUCUAGACAUAUGCAUGACAUGCGUGCAUUUCUGUUGAUCUGUCGUUUUACGCGUGUGUUGGAUUUGACUGAGCGAAUACGAAAAACGCAUUUUGAGUGUUAAUAUCUGGACGCUCUCCGAUCUCUUGGAAAAUGUCAAAUGUUCGUCUAUCGAAUGGGAGUCCGACGUUGGAGCGGACGGAUGCCCGGGUGUCUGAGCACCCGAAACCGUCCUUUUGCAGAACUCUUUUCGGCCCCGUGGACCACGAAGAGUUAAAGAGGGAAUUAAAGGGACAUUUCAAGGAGAUGGAAGAUGAUGCCUCUGCAAAAUGGAACUUCGACUUCGCGAACCAUAAGCCGCUGAAGAACGGGAGGUUCAAGUGGGACUUGGUGGAUUGUAAAGACCUUCCCGAUUUCUACAACCAACCUCCUCGCUCGUCGAGAUCGUCGACGUACUCCACUGGGAAUAACAACGUGGAUUUUAACGGGAAUCGUAGUUGUGGUGGGAUGGGAAGUGCCCGGCCGCCCCCCGCAGAGAGCGAGCGAUGCGAGAGUCAGAUGGACGGUAGCGAGCAGAGCCAAGGACAGCGGAAAAGACCUGCCUGCAACGACACUGCGCCCCAAAGUAAAAGGUCAUACACAAGUUCGGAUGAAGUUCGGCAAAACGUGACACGUUCGGCCGAGCACACACCAAGAAAGUCCAGUCCCAAGACACAGACGUGAGACCGAGAAAGAUCUGAAGAUGUAUUUCCCCUUUGGUGCGGGAGAGAGAGCUCAGUGUUGGCCGACGUGGAAGAGGAACUACACAACAGAAACAUAUCAACUCUCCUGGGGACGGGGGGAGGGGCACUGAAUAGAAACACUAAAGUUGUGGCACUCAAAUUAAAGUUACUGCCUCUAAAAGCAGUGUAUGUAGCAGUGUGCAAUUAGGUUGAAAUUCCCUUUUUGCUCUUUUUCUCUGUGUGUCUGUGUGUCUGUGUGUGUGUGUGUGUGUGUGUGUGUGUGUGCGUGUGUGUGUGUGUGUGUGUGUGCGUGUGUGUGUAUAUACAUAUAUUUCUCUCCAAAUGUAGCACAUAAGAAAACAUGAUAUGAAAGCAAAUCCUUUUAUGUAAAAAAAAAAGUGUGAAUAUUGAUUUGACUUGAAUUGCAGUGUAGUUUGAUGGUUGUUUUUUUUCCCUCCAAAUGCUGUUCCCUAUAUUUUGCCUCAAGACGAUUUGACUUUGCCAUGGUCUCCAUUUUACAUUUGCAUUUAGGGCAUUUAGCAGACGCUUUUAUCCAAAGCGACUUACAUCAGUUGAUACACACAUUACAUCAACAUCUAUUUGCCACCCAAACAGGCUUCUGAAGUGUUAUCUCAAUAGGUCACCCCCUCAUAGUCUGCAGUGAAGAACGGUACCAAUGUAGCUCCUUUCUUGUUUCUCGUGGUCGCUUCCUUUUUUUUUUUUUUUUUGCAUUUUCCACGGCCAUUGGCACAGUGUCAACACAAAAAUACAGGUUCUCAUUUCACUUUUUUUUUUCCAGCCCCUAGAAGAUCAAUUCAGCAUUUCUUUUUUUAUUUUUUACAAAUAUCUAUAACAUGUAAUGUUACAUCCUUUGCUGUAGUGUAAAAUUGUGUUUCUCAAACCACCUAAUAUUUAUUAUGUCAAAGAGCUGUUAUGGUAUUGAUUUAAAUCCUGGAACGUUAUAUAUUAUUAUUAUUAAUAUUAUUUCACUCUCAAAAAGUUCUCCCAUUACUUUGUGACAUGUUCAGGUGCAUGUGACUACCCCCUGUAGAAUUGUGAGGUACUUUUAUGCUGAAGGAGACAACAUAAACUGCACAGGUAGUGUUUUUAUUUUAAUUUUAUUUUUGUUCAAUAUCAUCCUCCUGUCCCCUGUCCCUAGGACUUAUCUUGUUGCUGUUUUAAUUAUAUAUUUUUUGGAAUAGGAGCUUUUAUUUUCAAAACGAGAUGACUGUCCUACAAUGCCAAAUACAUGGUUGCUCCGGUAUGGCUGCCACAGCCUGUUUGCUCCAGAUUUGACUUCACAUUGUGUUCCUUUGUGAUAACCUACAGAAAAUCCCCCCCCCCCCCCCCCCACCCACCCAAUCCUAUCACCAAUUGUGGUUGAUAGCCUGCUGAGGACGCACUUGUAUUGCAUCUAUAAGCCCCCCAUCCCCCUUCUCCUAUCUCUCUGAUUAUUUGCAUAAGAAAUGUGUUUAUUCAAAGAGACCAAUGUUCACCUGGACGGAAGUUGAAAUGUGUGUCUCAGAAAAGCCACCGUGCCUGUGUAUUUAUGUAAAUCUUUUGCAAUGUACCUAAAUGUACAUAACUUUGUAAAAACACUGAGAAAUUAUACUAACUUAUUUAUGUCAAGCUUUUUUUAUGUAGAAUAAAAUGGGUUUUUUGAUCACGGUUAUCCAAAGUGGCAUUUACAUUAUUAUAAUGGUAUUUUGUAAAAGCAUAUUUUUGGUAGUUUUUCUUAUAAGGUUGCAAACUGAGCCUGAUACAAUAUUUGAUGUGCAUUUUGUAAUGUGUGGUUAUAAAAUAUGUUGCAAUCAAUUAAAACAAAUUUAAAUCUAAA